GAUGUUUAGUUGAUAAAAUCAUCACUCCACAUAUGUAUGCAAGCAAAAUCUUUGUAACAUACACGUGUCUCUAUAGAACACAAACAAAGCCACUUUGUGGUUGGCAAAACCUAAUCCUUUGUAUAAUGGCCAUUUUUGUUCUUCCUUACAUCAUUCUCGGAAAUACUAAAUUUGACAACAAAAAAUCUACAACUAUAUAAGUGUCUGUUUUAGAUAGUUAACAAGCACAAGUUAGAAAGGAAAAAAAAAUGAAGGGAGGUUCAAUUGAACUUGGUGAAGUGUCUAAAAAUGCUUCUAAGAGCAAAGGAGUGAAAAGAGGGUUAUCAAUAAUGGAUUUUAUUUUGAGAAUAGUUGCAGGUGUUGCAACACUAGCUAGUGCUGUUGCUAUGGCUACAACUAAUGAGAGGCUUCCAUUUGCUACUGCUUUUAUACAAUUCAGAGCUGAGUAUGAUGAUCUUCCCUCAUUUGUGUUUUUUGUGAUGGGAAACUCAGUUGUUUGUGGAUAUCUUGUGCUUUCACUAAUCCUGUCAAUAUUCCAUAUAGUGAGGAGCACUGCAGUAAAAACUAGAAUUCUCCUCAUUGUUCUUGACAUGGUUAUGAUGGGUGUACUAACAGCAGCAGCCUCAGCAGCAGCAUCAAUUGUGUACAUAGCACAUUAUGGAAACACACAAGCCAAUUGGUUUCCAAUUUGCCAACAAUACAACAGUUUCUGCGAACGAAUUUCUGGUUCUCUGAUCGGUUCUUACAUUGCUGUUGCUCUGUUCGUAAUCAUAAUCAUCCUAUCACAAAUUGCAAUCUCUCGAAACUAAUCACAUAUGCUAGCUAACUAGCUAUCUCCAAUUGCUCAUGCAUUUCUCUUCAUGUAAAAUUUGUGUGUAUUCCUCUAUAGCGUGUGCGCGCAUUUGUAUCAAGGCGUGUUUCUCUAUCUUUUUUAUGCUUGUGUUUGAUAUUUUUUAUCAACAUUGCGAAAUUUCUUUUCAUUAUAAACGUCUAUACUUUAUAUAU